AUGGCUAUGCUGAACAUUAUGGACUGGAUCAGAGAGAGCAGGGGCUCUCCUCGUCUGGUGCUUGUCGUUGUGUGUGUGGCCCUGCUGCUGGAUAACAUGCUGCUAACAGUUGUGGUUCCCAUCAUCCCAACCUUCCUGUAUGCCACAGAGCACCAGACACAAGAGCCCCCGUCUGCCGGCCCCCCUGAGGCUCAGCCCACCUACACCUCCAUCUUCUCUCUGUACGACAACAGCACCUACGCCAUCAGCACUGCCAGCCUCACCAUCUUCUCCGGGGCUAAUUGGAGUUCAGGGCUCAAUGCCAGCUCUGCCGAGCGACACAGGUGUAAAGAGGACAGUGAGUUUUUGGAGGAGGAGAAUUUGAGGGUUGGGCUGCUGUUUGCCUCCAAAGCCCUGGUGCAGCUCAUGGUCAACCCAUUUGUAGGCCCACUGACUAACAGGAUUGGAUAUCACAUACCGAUGUUUGCUGGGUUUGUCAUCAUGUUUGUCUCCACAAUAAUGUUUGCCUUCUCAGGGACAUACGCACUGCUGUUUUUCGCCCGCUCACUGCAGGGAAUUGGAUCAUCCUUUUCCACUGUGGCAGGUCUGGGAAUGUUAGCAAGUGUGCACACAGAUGACAAAGAGAGAGGAUUUGCCAUGGGAAUCGCAUUGGGAGGACUUGCCAUGGGAGUGCUCAUUGGAGCGCCUUUUGGCAGUGUCAUGUAUGAGUUUGUUGGUAAAAGUUCUCCCUUUCUGGUCCUUGCCUUCUUGGCUGUGUUUGAUGGAGCCCUCCAGCUCUGCAUCCUUCAGCCCUCAAAAAUAUCUCCAGGGAGCAUGGAAGGAACACCAUUACUCACCCUGCUGAGGGAUCCCUACAUACUCAUUAGUGCAGGGUCGCUGUGCUUUGCAAACAUGGGGGUGGCUAUUUUAGAGCCCACUCUUCCCAUCUGGAUGAUGCAAACAAUGUGCUCGCCAAAAUGGCAGCUUGGUAUGGCUUUCCUACCAGCCAGUGUUUCUUACCUCAUUGGGACCAAUCUGUUUGGAGUACUGGCCAAUAAAAUGGGAAGGUGGUUGUGUUCCAUGAUCGGCAUGCUUCUAGUCGGCAUCAGUCUGCUCUGUGUCCCCUUUGCCAAAGACAUCUAUGGGCUUAUUGGUCCCAAUGGAGGGUUGGGAUUUGCUGUUGGAAUGGUUGAUUCGUCUAUGAUGGCUAUAAUGGGUUACCUAGUGGAUAUUCGCCAUGUGUCUGUCUACGGAAGUGUGUACGCUAUUGCUGACGUUGCACUCUGUAUGGGAUUUGCUGUUGGUCCAUCGACUGGAGGGGCCAUAGUAAGGGCCAUAGGCUUCCCCAAUCUCAUGGUGAUCAUUGGCAUCAUCAACAUCCUGUAUGCCCCCCUUUGCUUCUUCCUCAAAAAUCCUGCUGCUCGGGAGGAGAAGAUGGCUAUUAUAAAUCAGGAGUGUCCAAUGCAUGUGAAGAGCUACAAUACACAGUGCAGGUACAGAGAAUUCCCUCUGAGUGAUGAAAGUGAGGAGGACACUGAAGAGUGAUGCAAACACACUUAUAAAGGAACUUGCCAACAAAUAACCAGGACCUGCAGCCCUGAUUCAAAACCUUUAAAGUGAUUAAUAUAGCAACUUUCUCUAUCCUUUACUAAGAUCACAUUUUAGUGUUACAAAUGGUUAGUGCGAAGUGAAUACUGUUUUUGUACGCUUGUAAAAUGUUGUUUAUCCUGUCUCUUGUCACUCCAGUGGGUAUGAAUGAAAUAAACAGGCCUGAUUUGUCAACUUGAUUUGAUUGUUUUCAUCAUGAUGUGCAUGUGAAGGUGAUUGUGCAUCAGUAAUGAAGAGAAAAUCCAUUGUGAAUGGGAUGCCAACUUCUUUUGCGCCUCCUGUGACACACCGUUAAUCGCCUUUGGAUAUGCAUCUAAUGUUAUUGAAUUUAAUGAUUUAGUGAUUUCCAGGGUAAAAGAGUGGGAAGAUACGGACAAAGGGAACUGAUAUAGCUUCAAGUUCGACAACAAAUUUGAAACCAUAGAUAACUUAAUAACUGGUUCUUCUCUGUC